UCGAAAUCACGUUAGGACCAAAGUGAUCAGCACAGCAGACUAGGGGAGGCGGCCAUGCAGGUCAAGCCUGGCCGGCCACAUUCUCGCACACAGUGACAGCUCUACUAGCCUCUAGCACGGCAUUCCCGGCAAUUGAGCCGUUCUAGCUGAAAAUGGCUGCCCGCUCUGGUAUCUCGUUACUCCGCAGCGCACUUGCCUGGCAUCAAAGGUUAGCUCCAGAUUUGAUAGAAGCAGCCUGCUGUGGUGCACAGCAAUCCGUUGAUCGCUGCCGUUCUUUCUUUACUUCCAAUCCACAAUCAGCCGCCACUGAAGGCCCUGAGCCACCAUCUAUUUCGCCUUUGAAAGACAGAGGCCCUUACACGUCAAAGCUUACCAACCGCUCCGUGAUUCACAUUGAUGGCCCCGACUGCAUACACUUUCUGCAAGGUCUUGUGACCAACGACCUUGCUCACUUUGAGUCUGAGAAACCCCCCACAAGCUCUCUCCCAACGCCAAACCCCAGCCAGCCAGCAGCACAGCGGCCGCCAGUCUAUGCUGCACUGUUGACACCUCAGGGGAGGUUCCUGUUCGACUUUUUCUUCUACAGGCCAGUAGAAGAUCAGGAGAAACUUGACAGGGAAGGCACUGGGCCUGGCAAGGGGGAGACAGAGGGACUGUUUGCUGAUGUCGAUGCUGACACCAAGGACGAGCUUCUGCAAACCCUCAACAGGUACAAGCUGAGGGCCAACGUAGGAAUCCAAGACGUCUCCAAAGACUUUACUGCUUGGGCGCGGUACGGCGGUGCGGUCUCCGAAAAUCCAGAGGAGGGGUUUGAAGCAGAAGCUGGGGCGAUAGGCUAUGGGGGUACCACUGAUAGGGCGGGGAUGGUAGCUGCUGAAGCGGAAGGGGGGGGCUGGAGAUGGGCCAAGGAUCCAAGACUGGCUGAGCUGGGGCUGCGGGGGAUCUUUGAGAGUACAGCCCCGCUAGUAGAAGCUGACGGAGAAGUGGACAGCCGAUACUACCGGCUGUGGCGAUACGAGCACGGGGUCCCGGAAGGCCCCUUUGAGAUCCCGAAAGGGGAGGCGAUCCCUCUGGAAUAUAACCUGGAUGGCUUGCACGGCAUCAGCUACGAGAAAGGCUGCUAUGUCGGACAGGAGCUCAUCGCGCGGACGCACCACAAAGGUGUGGUUCGCAAGCGGGUGUUCCCCGUUGUCUUUGGCGAGGGUACUCAAGAAGCCGAUGAUCAGUACGUCCCUCCCGGUUCCGAGAUCGUCGACAAGCAGUCGGGGAAGAAGGUCGGCAAGGUGACAGCGGCACUGGGCUCAAGAGGUCUUGCUCUUCUGAGGCUAGAGGCAGCGCUGAAAGAGGGCGCAAAGCUAGAAGUCAAGGGUAAGUGUGAGCUUAAAGCGAUUCGGCCUUCGUGGUGGCCUCAAGAGUGGGGUCGAGAAGAGGCUUAGAAAUGCAUCCGGCAAGGAUUCUGGGCGAGAUCAGUUUGCGGGCUGCUGGAGAAGAGAUCAUCUCCUAUGCACUUCCGGAGCAGCCUCUUUAAUAAGGUUACGAAACCAUACGGCUAUAAGCAAGGCCAACGUAGGGAGGUCUCAGAAAGACGAUAUGGUCAAAGAUUGUAAAGAAGAUGGCAAGCCUGUCAAACCCGGUCAGCUUCCGUUUAGACCGCAUCUUGGAAUAUGCAGGGAGCAUCUGCAGCCGCCAUGUCAGACAAGUCAUAAGGCUAGUUGUUGUGGUGUGGCACACAACAGCUGCAAUUCAUUGUUGAUCGUUCGCACGACUGUUUGUUGUAAGUUCGCGUUUGAUUACG